AGGCGGCGGGGCACGCGCAUGGACGACUGAUCCGACCGGGCUCGGAGAAUGCGACGGCGUAGAUGAUUGGCAGGCCGCAGCUCGUCGUUCCGCGCAUGCAGAGUGGCAUUCCACCAAGCAUCCUGUCGCGUAUGAAACGACGGGCCCACUGUGCUGCGAAGGCCCAGUUCAUUGUCAUUGUCCAGGCACCAUCUGGCUUCUAGCAUGACCUGUCCUUGUGCAGCACGAGCAGAAGACUUGCCAACUAUCAAGAAGGAGGAUGUGAUGCAGCUCGGCCCAUCCUUUCCCACAGUGGGAGGAAGUCUGGUCAUCGGCCACCAAGGUUCGAUGGUCGUGCACAUCGUUCGCUGUCACCACGAUAGACAGAUGACAACGCGCUCAUGUCGACAACGAGAGGCUCGCGGAUGGCUCGGGUGGCCAGCAUGUCGUCGGCCCUGCGCGUAUCUGAUAGCCUCAGCCGAACCCACCCCGACGCGCAGCAUGUUCCAACUUACUUGCACCAUCACUCCCAAAGCCCGGACCUGUGCAGCAAGGUUCAGCUACCGGCGCCACGAUCACUGACAUGGUCCACAAACAGAGGCGGUGCUCUCAAGCACUUGCCACCGUCAUCACAGCUGCUCUAUUGGCCGCGGUAGACGUGCGGAACAAGAACCUGGCAAGUUCUCCAAGCUUCCUCCAUUGUCCUAGGCCAGAGGCCACAAAUCCUGACGGUUCUCGGCCCACACGUUCUUGUGCUAAAUAAGACGGGAGAAGUGAGCAUUCAGUUCUUGUCAGUGAUAGGCCAACCUGGGCGUUUCGUAGGUGAUUGGGAGGAGACGAAGGCCGGAGGCGACCCUGCAACGGGCGAUCCGCAUGCGAAUGCGUACCGUGUGCGAAACUCUUGCCAUAACCGGCGGCGCUUGCAGCGCGCGGCACUCACGCCCCUGGCGCUCCCCAGGGCGCUCCCUGCCGCAGGCCUAGGUUGCUCUCAUCAUCAUGCCUCUCGUUCGCUCACACCGACAGAGCCCGAAAUCACGAAACAGAGCACUGACCUCGAUGAUAACAGCGACAGCGCAGAGGCAAAACCAAUGACGCUGCCCACGCUCGCGCCCAGCACGACGCCGUACUUCGCGUCCUGCCUGGCCAGGAUUCACGAGGCCCAUCCGGAUUUCCCGUUGGAUCCGGUCAUCCUCCAGUCAGUUCUCCUCUGCCUGAUUGCUGGCAGCGCCGACGACGCACUGCAUCCGUGCAAGAACCUCAUACUGCGCACGAACGCAGAUGACGUUGGCCUCGUGCUCAACCUCGCGACCCUGGUAGGCACCCCGUUGUCUCCUCCGUUGACAUCGUCCUAGCUUGAUAUGCAGUGGUACGCUCCUGCGCCACUGCAGGUGCUCGUGGACCGCGCCAGCAGUCGCGCAUGUGGCGUCCUAACGACCUGUGCUGCGCUUCGUGAAUAUAGUUCCUUUGGCAGUAACCAUCUCCUGCUCCACGAUAGUCUCCGCAUGGUUCACGGCCUGUGGCUACAAUCAAGCCGUUAUUAACCCAGUGAUACAGUGUCCAUGCUCUUCUCGUCCAGCUGGGAGAAUAGACCUUCUUAUCCGGGCAUUGUUUCUCUGCCUUGCUUCCCUCCAAAUCGCUUCUCUUUCAUCUGUACAAGCAGAAGCCUGAUCUUUCGUACUCUAUGGCUGUGUGAUACCGUUGAACAGAUGUUGACCUUAUUCAUCUAGAUCUUGACCACAAUCUUUGGAUUUCCCACUCACAGAUACAAAGCAAAGCAAGAGUCCGCUACUCUCUCAAGAAGGGGACAAGACAACACCGCCAUCCC